CAAGGUGUGUGCAGUGAUGUGAUCGGUCGCCAGGGGGCUCGGCUGCUGAUUGUUGAGAGGGCAGAGUGCAAGUGCGGCCAAAGUGGACAGUGGAGGUGAAGUGAGAAGCUGCGGUUUCCUGCGGUCGGUGAGAACUCCAGGCUUCCAGGGAGGACUCCAGCUCCAGGCCGAGGGGCCCCGUGGCCAGGUUAGCCACGAUGGAACAAAACGGGUCCUUUUCAUACGGCUCGACCUUCCGACCUCCCCCGGAAAACAAGCCCCGGGGAGGCGUCCAGGUCCUGCCGCCCCUCGUUCCGCCGAGAGCCCCCGGCAGGACCAAACCCAAGCCUCCGGUACCGCCCAAACGCGACCAGCUAACCAGGCUGACGACCGUCCCCAAUCCGCCUCCGAGAGACGAGGCCAAACCCCUGGAAGCACUAGAAAGAAAAAUCAACUCUUCGCCCCCGAAAAAGCCAAAUUACGAAAACACGGCGGACAUAGAACCUCCCCUUUACGCCGCUAUUAACCCCGACACCAAAAAAAUGCCAAAUUCUGAUAGCAAAGGUUCUCUCAAGAGCCCGAAGGACUCUUCUUCGGACGAUGAAGGAGCCAUCGCCGAUAUUUGGGUCCGGACGAUCGACUCGCCCGUCAAGAAAACGGAUAGGGUAUUUCGAAGCAAUUCAAUUUCCGAAGAAAGAGAAGAUAAACCGCCCAAAGUUCAUAGGGCGUCGAUAGAUAAUUCCCUAAUUAAAUCCCCGCCUAUUCUUAAACUCGACAAACCGGAAGUGAUCAUAGAGAACCGAGACGGCGAAAAAGCCAACGCGGUCGAUAAGGAGUCGAAAGAAUUCGAAAGGGUAAAACCGGUUGAUAAAGAAAUAUAUAGAAUUAAAAAUCUCGAAAGGGAAACGGAAAAGUUAAAAGUGGGGAAUGAGAGUUUACCAGGGAGCCGACCUAGUUCGAGAACCACUUCCCGGUCUUCCUCCCCUUUCGGAGAUAAAGAAAAAAAGAAAAUCAGCGCUGCGGAAGCGUUAGGGGUUGUGGCGAAACCCUGCCCGAGGCCGCCCCCGGGAAAACGUGUUAAAAAUCAGCUGGAAUUCCGAAGGCAGAGUCUAGGCAAUCUCAGCGAUUCAAAAUUGUCCAUGGGAUGUUCGACAAGCUGUCCGAGUCAUCAGCUAUGGAGCAGUUUUGGCGAAUGUCAGGAGAACGAGUACAAGAGGCACGAGAGGGCCAGGGGGCAGAGCGCGGACAGCCGGACCCUCCAGAGGCUCAAGAACGACACUUGGGAGACUCACAGCUAUUCCAGCACUCUGUCCAGGAUCGGCAAGUACUCGACGACAAAAUAUUUCACCAAGACUUCGACCUGCCCGGCGGCCACGGAUAGGCCGAAGUCGACAUGCAACUGCGGCAGACACACGGGUCAAGCGCCUCAGAGGGACGUCGGCAAAAGGACCUUCUCCGUCGAAGAACUCCGCUCGGGCUUCGUCAGAGGUUCGAACACGACCGGCUCGGCGAGGAGCUCUUUUGGCAAAUCGCCCCGUGUGACCUUCGCCCUCUCUGAAGACGAAGGGGCUUCGGCUCUGCCGAAAUCGUCGGAGAACGAAACGAGGAGGAUGUCGACGCGUGCUCGCAGCUACGACGCCGACGACCGAUUCCAGAGCAACCGAAGCCAACCGGCGAUCGGUUUGAAGCAGACGCCGAAAGCCAGGCCCACCAUCUUCGGGACGGUUGCCUCGGACCAAACGCCCAAAGACUCUACGACGUGCAGAAGAAGUUUACCACAAACGACGCCUCCCGGCGUGUCGAACGGUGCGGAAUCCGUCGUGCCGCACGAAACCAACGCCUCGCAGGAUAACGCGGUCAUGUACCGCGAGGGAAACCUUGUUUCUGGAAGGUUAGAAGCUCUUGUCCAGCACAUGGUGCCCACCGUCGAUUAUUAUCCUGACAGGGCGUUCCUCUUCGCAUUCCUUCUAACCUCCCGGCUCUUCAUAAAGCCUCACGAUCUUCUCGGGCAGAUCUUCGCACUUUCUGAAUCUCAGCUGAAAGCCAAAAACGCUACGGCCAAGGAACGGGCACAGUUGCUGCCCAGGUUGGUCCAGCUAUUGGGCGAGUGGUCCGAGACGUUCCCGUACGACUUCCGAGACGAGCGGGUCAUGUCUCACGUUCGCGAUGUGGCCCAGAGGUGCGUCACCGUCGAAGGGCCCGUCCGCCAGGAGAUCUCCUUGCUCCUCCACAACCUGCUGUACCGGCUAAAAAAGCUGGAACAGUACGAAGCCUUCCUCCACAGUAUUCACACAGAGGCGACUGCAAGCUCUCUCGAACCGCUUAGUCAGACGGAGGUUCAAGAGUUGUGUGGAUCCGCAGUCAGCUUAGCUCAGCAACUGACGCACAUCGAGAUCGAACGUCUCAGCUACAUCGGCCCCGAGGAGUUCGUCCAGGCGUUCGCCAAGGACAGCCCGGCCCUCGAGACGAGUUUCAAAGACAUGAAACAGACGCGGAAUCUCGAAUCGUACGUCUCCUGGUUCAACAGGCUCAGCUACUUCGUCGCGACGGAAGUCUGCAAACACGUCAAGAGCAAGAAGCAGCGAGUCCGCAUAGUCGAGUUCUGGGUCGAAACUGCGCGAGAAUGCUUCAACAUAGGCAACUUCAACUCCCUCAUGGCUAUAAUCGCCGGCCUCAACAUGUCGCCGGUUUCCAGGCUGAAACGAACGUGGAGCAAAGUGCAGUGUGCCAAGUUUUCGGUCUUGGAGCAUCAGAUGGACCCUUCUUGCAACUUCAGCAGCUACAGGUCGACUCUCAAAGCCGCCGUCUGGCGCUCCGCUGCCGCCAAAGACGAGAGCCAAAAGAUCGUCAUACCGUUCUUCUCGCUCCUAGUUAAAGACUUGUACUUCCUCAACGAAGGAUGUUCAAACAAGCUGCCAAACGGGCAUAUCAACUUUGAAAAGUUCUGGCAACUCGCAAAGCAAGUGACAGAGUUCAUAACUUGGAAGCAAGUCCACUGCCCAUUCCCAAAGUCAGCUAAAGUCAUCACGUACCUCCAGGCCACUCCAGUCCUCAAUGAAGACGCUCUCGCAUUAGCGUCUUUCGAAUGCGAACCCCCUGAGAACCAUGAAAAGGAAAGAUAUAAAACAUUGAAGGCCGAACUGGGAUCGACCAAUUGAUAAAAAGAAAUUUCCCGUUAGAGACUGUCGCCUGCCCUUAGCGAUAUUUUAGGGCUUUUCUGUAGUCAGCAGACGCGAUCUGACGUUUUGUUUAUACCAUACUGUACAUUAAUUCAUUUCUAUUGUUUACUACUAUUCACUCUUCCUACGAUUUAAGUAUAUUCUAUCCUUAUUCCUGUUUUUCCCCAUUUUCAUAUUGUUUUCGAUUAUUUAUACGAAUGGAAAAUUUGAAAAUAAUAAAGAUUGUAUAAAUAGAUGUUAAGAAAAACGAAAACUGAAGCGGGCCGCUCAAUAUGGCGGCCCCGGCUGAAUGUGGGAUUAAUAAUUGGCGUGUGUUUGAUAUGACGCCGUUUGUACGAUAUUCCAUGAACGAAGAUAAAAGCUAAAAGUAAUUUUAUUUACCAAACUUGCAACUGUACUUAGUUUUGUCUUAGUCAUACCAAUAAAAUAUUAAGUACCAAUUUGUUUUAAAA